AUGAGCACACCCAGUGAGGUCAGACAACUUUCAUUUUCCAUCUGCCUUUUGCUGCUCACACACAUCCAGGCUCCAGGCACAACCCACACCAACACUGACCCCAGCUCUGAGGAGGGAGACAGAAGGCUGUGCAUUUUGGUAAAGCCACAGUGCUUGGAUUGGCCAGAAAUUCUCGACAAGACGAACCAGGGGCCAAGCCAUGGUUAUGGAAACCAAGACCUCAGUAAGAAGCAACUGAGACUUGUCCUGGUGGGUAAAACAGGAGCUGGGAAAAGUGCAACAGGGAACAGCAUCCUUGGUAAAAGAGUAUUUGAGGCAAGACUAGCAGCAAAGUCAGUGACCAAGAACAGUGUGAAAACAAGCAGAUGGUGGAAUGAGAGAGAAAUUGUAGUUGUGGAUACUCCUGGGAUUUUUGACACCCAUGUGUCUGAUGUGGACACAUCAGAGGAACUCAGCCGCUGUCUCAUUGUGUCCUCCCCUGGGCCUCAUGCCAUUAUCCUGGUGGUGCCACUCACUCGUUACACCAAGGAAGAACAAGAUGCGGUAAAGAAGAUCCUGGGAAUUUUCGGUUCCAAAGCCAAGGAAUACAUGAUCCUUUUAUUGACCCGGAAGGAUGAUUUGGAAGGUGCUGAUUUGAAUCAAUAUUUAUGUGAAACUAAGAAUGAAGCUUUGAAAGUCCUGAUAGGCCAGUUUGAUGGAAGAUACUGUGCAUUCAACAACCGAGCAACUGGAAGUGAGCAGGAGGCCCAGCUAAGAGACCUUCUGCAUUUGGUUGAGGAAGUAGUACAGAAUAAUGGAGGCUCUUGCUACACAAACCAGAUGUAUCAACUAGCUGAGGAGAAGAUUCAGAAAGAAACUGAAGCAUUGCAAAGAUCCUACAUGCAAGACCUGGAAAGACUGAAAAAGGAAAUAAGACAGGAAUAUGAAGAAGAAAUCAAAAACUUAAAGAAUAAAUUGGAGCAAAAAGAAAGAAAAGAAAAAAUGUACAGGGAUCUUUCAGAAAAAGAAGAUUUCUAUACAAACAAGCAAAGAGUUGCCAGAGAUGAGGUUGUGAGCCAAAAUAAAUUCAUUGAAAGAAUAAUAAAUAUGUUGAAAUCUACCAUUCAAAACGUAUUUAAGGCUUAAAGAAAACCAUCUUUUACUCUAUGCUCUAGCUUCUUCUAUUAAUCCUCAGCCGCUGCCUCAUUGUGUCCUCCCCUGGGCCUCAUGCCAUUAUCCUGGUGGUGCCACUCACUUGUUACACCAAGGAAGAACAAGAUGCAGUAAAGAAGAUCCUGGGAAUUUUCGGUUCCAAACUACACUGCUGCCUCUUUUUUUUAAUUAAUAUUUCAGGGAAAUUUUUUUCUAAUAAAAGAGAACAAGGUACCAACUAGAUCCUGAACCUCAUGCACGUUUCCAUUUCUAAUGACAUCAAGAAACAUUUCAUAUUAGCUAAUCUAACUGACUUUUGGCAUUUAUCUCAUAUUAAUGAAGUGAUAUUCCAAGGGUGAGGAGAUGAAAUCAUAUUCAAUUAUCUUCAUAUUCAGUCAGCCUAUAAGGCUGGAGUUGCCCAGAGAAUUCCUAUAUUAUAAUCAUAUGACCUAUCUCAUUAUUCCUUUACUGAAGUUUAUAAAAUUCUCUCGUUGGUUGUUAAUGAUACUAAAAAUAAUGGAGAUGAUGAUGAUGACAACUAAUUUAUAGAGCUUUUUAGAAUUUACAAAGUCUUUCCUUCCAGAAACUUUGUAAGACUAUGGCACGUAUCAUCUCCAUUUUACAGAUGAGGAAACUGAGACUCAGAAAGACUAAAUAAGUUACUCAUUGUCAUAUACUUAGUAAAUGUACAGAAUAAUAUUCAAAUCUGCAUCUCUUCUCACUCCAUGUCCAACACUUUUUCUAUUAUAAUGUCACCCUUCCUGCUAAAUUACUGUUGGUUAAAUGUGUCAGAAUUUAAUCUGCCUGGUAUAUACAGUAUAUAAUGAUGGGAUAAAUGGAGUGACCAAAUUGUAAUGACCAGAGAAGGUAAAAGAAAGAAAUUGACUCAGAAGAUGGGAAACUGUACUUCGAUGUAUUUAUUCUCAUUCUACUAGAUUAUAUGCUUUAAAUAAUAAAAGUUCAUAUUUGUCAUUU